GGCAGAGCCCCCAGCCCGGCCCUCUAGUUACAGCUGCCUUUCUGCCUACAGCACCCACUUCUUUCGCCGAGAAUAUUCUCCUGGGAAACGGGUGCCCUCUGGUGGCCCUGCCGGUGCUCUGCCGAUGCCCAGUCCUCAGCCUCUGCAGGGGGGAAAAGGCCUCCAAGGAUCACCCCCAGCCCUACCGGAAGCCCGUCCACCCUCCGCAGAGCUUCGGGGAGGCCCUUCCCAGCCCGCUGCCGGCAGGGUGACACGCACACUCCUGGCAUCCAUUCGCCCACAGACAUUUCUCCUUAUGACUGCCAGCCAGACUCAGCGCCGCUGGGAGCCUGGGGCCGGCAUGUCCAGGGCCCGAGGCUGCUCCGGCCCCCCUGCCCUGUUCCCACCCUUGAGGGCCAAUGGGCUCCCGCCAUCAAGAUCCCUCUGAGCACCUGCAGACGGAGCAUCUGGGGAAGGGCGUCCCGAGAGCCCAGGCAGGCAGCACCUGUGGCGGAUUCCGCACAACAAAGGCCUAGGGAACCUGCCAGAUGCCAGCCGUGGCGCAGGGAGAGAAGUCAACAUACCACGAGUGUGAAUUUCUACCAGUGUAGGUCAAGACGCCCCGGACGACGGAGGCGGCGCUGGAACGCGGGGGCAGCUCCAAGGCGCCGGCUGCAGGCUUGCUGACUGUUCGGCGCGUCCUGGGAAGCUGCGGCCCGACCUUCCUUCUCAGGGUUCGCGCCUCGCGCCGUCUCCCGAGGCUUGCAGAGCGCACCCGUCCUGCUCCGGAGUAACACACAGGUGAGUCAGAGAACGAGCGAUUCUUUCCCAAAAGAAAACAAGUCUAGUAAAUUGAUGGGGAAGCUCGGAGUUCCGGUUUGUUUCUAACAGGGAGAAUCCAUCCCCCACCCAAACAGGCGGGGCACGAUCCCGCGGCGCCCGCAGCUGCCGAGGGCUGGAGGGCCGCGCGAGCGCGAACUACGUCUCCCGGCAUGCUCCGGGCCAGCAGGGCCCCGCCCCUUCCCGAGAGCGGGCGACCUGGCGGAGGCCGGAGAGCCGCUUCCUCUUCCUCUCUCAUUGGGGCAGCCCUGUGCCAUUCGGGCGCGAGGGGAAGGUGCUGCUUACUGAUUGGCGGAUGCCGUUUGGCGCCAACUAGGAAAGGGGGGCGGGGCAGCGGCGGUCCCCAGUGAGCAGCUAGCUAUUACCGCGAAAGGCCUUCUCGGCGGCGACGGCCCGGGAGGGAGGUGGAGGUCGGCUGGGUCCCCCGAGACCCCAGGCUGGGCAAGGAGGCGAGAGAAAAGCGGAGAGGGCGUGAGCCCGUUGCCUCGCGGCUCUGGCCGUCCGCCGUGCUUGUUUGUGUUUAAUCCUCAGGUCGCCGCCUCGCGGAGGGGAGCCCCCGUGCCUGGCCGCCGCCUGCCGGGGCUGGGCUCCGCCCGUCCGCGCCGCCUUCCCGCGGCGGCCGCGUCCCGCAGCCGCGGGGCCGUGUUUGCGUUUGACCCCCGUGGGCGCGAGGCCGCGGCCGGUGUGGGCGGGCGCGGCGGAGGCGGGGAGGCGGGAGCCGCCAUGGAGCUGGGCCCCGAGCCCCCGCACCGGCGCCGCCUGCUCUUCGCCCGCAGCCCGCCUCCCGCGCAGCAGCCCGUCGUGAAGGCGCUGUUCGGCGCGCCGGCCUCCGGGGGCCUGUCGCCCGUCACCAGCCUGGCGGCCACCAUGGGCCGGCUGCCGGGGCUGGGCAGCGAGUGCGGGCGGCCGCCGGAGGCGAGGAACGGCAGCCUGCAGAGGACGGGCUCCUGCGAGUCCACCGACUCGGGCUUUUGUCUGGAUUCUCCUGGGCCCUUGGACAGAAGAGAAAACCUUGAAAAUCCCAUGAGGAGAAUAAACCCCCUGCCUCGGAAGCUCCUGGGGUGUAGCCCUGCCCUGAAGAGGAGUCAUUCUGACUCGCUUGACCAUGAUGUCUUCCAGCUAAUCGACCCCGAUGAGAACAAGGAAAACGAAGCCUUUGAGUUUAAGAAGCCUGUAAGACCCGCGUCUCGAGGCUGCCUGCAUCCUCAUGGACCUGAGGAGGGUAAAGAUUUCUUCACACAGAGGCAGAACUCUGCCCCUGCUCGGAUGCUUUCCUCACAUGAGAGAGAUAGUGGCAAACCUCUUUUUCUGCCCCAGUCACCUGUGGCUGCCACUCUAUCCGACGAAGACGAUGGCUUUGUGGACCUUCUUGACGGAGAGAGUCUGAAGAAUGACGAAGAGACCCCGUCGUGUGUGGCAAGCCUCUGGACUGCUCCCCUCGUCAUGAGGAGAAAUAUGAACAUCGGCAACAGAGACAUGCCGAGUGAGUCCCCACCCACGGGCAGCCCCACUGCCUGGUCGGUGCUGAAAAGACCCGACCGCUCUCCAGAGGAGCCGCCACCUGGAAGUAGGAAGCGGAGGAGGAGCAGGGCUGGGGCCUGUCCCACAGCGGCCAGUCCGGAGGAGCCCCAGGAGACCCUACAUCAGUUUUUAUCUCUGACAUCUUCCCCAAAAGGGACCAUUGAGAACAUUUUGGAUAAUGACCCAAGAGACCUUAUAGGAGACUUCUCCAAGGGUUAUCUCUUUCAUACAGUUGCUGGGAAACAUCAGGAUUUAAAAUACAUUUCACCAGAAAUUAUGGCGUCUGUUUUGAAUGGCAAGUUUGCCCACCUCAUUAAAGAGUUUGUCGUCAUUGAUUGCCGGUACCCGUAUGAAUACGAGGGAGGCCACAUCAAGGGCGCAGUGAACUUGCAUAUGGAGGAGGAGGUCGAGGACUUCUUGCUCAAGAAACCCAUUGUGCCCACUGACGGCAAACGCGUCAUUGUCGUGUUCCACUGCGAGUUUUCCUCUGAGCGGGGCCCGCGCAUGUGCCGCUACGUGAGGGAGCGAGACCGGCUCGGUAACGAGUACCCCAGGCUGCACUACCCAGAGCUAUACGUCCUGAAGGGUGGGUACAAGGAGUUCUUCCUGAAAUGCCAGUCUCACUGUGAGCCCCCCAGCUACCGGCCCAUGUACCACGAGGACUUCAGGGAGGAUCUCAAGAAGUUCCGCACCAAGAGCCGGACCUGGGCUGGCGAGAGGAGCAAGCGGGAGAUGUACAGCCGUCUCAAGAAGCUCUGAGGGGUGGUGGCGUCACAGGCAGCAGCCUGAGCCUCCUGCGUCCUCCCCACUGCUUCCCCCAUCACGCAGAGGAGCUGGAGCAGAGCUGGGCUGUGCAAGGAGAGGGCCUGGGGCUGUCCGCCUGAGGCCCGCCUCCCACUCCCAGGGCCAGAGCCUCGAGCACUGGCCGCACCUCGUCCAUCCCUGGAGACAUUCUGCUGCCUUGGGCGGAACUGGCUGCGGGAGCCACAGGCGCACAGCAAGCACCACAGUGUCCCCAUGGGUGGGCCCUGUCCCAUCCCAGGGGAGGGCAGAGGAGCAGGGUGCUGCUGGCCAGACACCGGAGACAACCGGAAGGGAGUGGUUUUGGUGGGACAACCCGUGUGUAACUUAUUCAACUUCAUCACUUUUUUUUUUUUUUAACUCCUGGAGACUUUAUGAUUUAACUGCUUCUUUAAUUCACAGUACUGCCAUUCUAGCUAGGGUUUUAUCUUCCCAGGGACUACCUCCACCUUUAAUUUAGAAAAGGAAGGAGGGGGAAGGAGGUGAGCUGGUGUUUGCAGGGCAGAGAACUGGGGGCUGUCGCCUGAAGGUGCUGUGGGAGUGGACCCAAGGAGGGGGCUGCAGGACCUGAACUAGCCCUCCCACACCUUUGUCAAAGGCCGUUAAUCCGUUUUGGGGUGCCUCCUCCCACACCUUCCCUGUGACACGAUUGGAGUGGGAAUGGAGCAUCAGAUUGAUGUCUGGGCUGCCUGUGUAGACAGGGCUGUACUGUGUUCCUCAGGAAGCAGGGUAAGCUUGAAGGCUGAGCUUCCCCAGUUUAUCAUGUUUCAGCUUGAGGGGUGGGGAGUGAUGGGUCAUCAUGUUGCCCCUCACCCAGCCCCAUGGAAGUGGAGGUCUCACGAGCACUUUCCAUCCCAGGAGCCAGGCUGCCUCGAUUCUCGACGGCCUGUACCUUCCCCGCGCAUCCUCUCUGGGCUCCUCGCCGUCUCCGCCCCCUUGGGUGGGGAGGCCCAGUGUUCCUUAGAAGAGUCAGUCUCUCCUCCCACCACCUGUCUCGCUUCCCACUCAGGUGGGAAGGGAUGUGGACACGAGGUGGCUGGUGGCCGUGUUACGGGGUUGAAUUGCGUUUGGCUAUAAAACAACCUUGUUGGGAAGUCUGGGGAGGAGGGGACAGGGAAGGCCUUGUCUCCACACCGAGACACACUUCAGGUGGCAGGUCUCAAUCUCGUUUGUAGGGAUUCUUUUGGUUAAACACCUGAAAAGGAGGUGGCCUUCAGACUGUACCAGUUAACUAACUUGCAGACUGAAAAUAAAAAACAAUCUUG